AUGAACUCUAGUGCAACGCCCAAGGGUGCGGAGACGACCCCGUCACGCGCGCCACUGAAGGGCCUCACGCCCCUGCGCCGCAGUGGCAUCACUCAUCUUGCCACUCCCCACUACACCCAAGCUGCGGCGUCUGCAUCCCCAAGCUCAUUGUUGUUUACCUCCACAUCCUCAGCUGCCCACCCAGCGGCGCGAACAUUCACGUCACCGUCGUCCAGGGGGCAUCGCACCCCUGGUGCCUUGGCGGCCUCAACGUGGGAUGUGCGAAGGGCUGUGUCUGCGCGUUGCGCAAGCCACUGCUCAUCACCGCAGCCUCUAGGACCUUAUCCAGCUAGCGUCAGGGGUCCAGUAUUGCAUGGCCGCUCUCAGCUGACCCUCAGUGCGUUCGGCAACGGCAGUGGCGGCGCAGACGCAUCCAGCAGGGCGCCCUGGCGCCACCACGUGGCAGCUGUGUGCCGCCGAUUACAACAUGCCGUGCAGGAAGCGGAGCAGAUCCUGGUGCCUGCCACAGCCUCCGCUGCCUCGGCAUCAUCUACCAUCCCUCUCGACCAAAACGGUAGUGAUGGGCUUUCGUGCACGCUGGCGCAGGUCAUGGAUGCGCUGCAACGGUACCGCAGUGGCUGCAUGGCGGCCAUGCUGGAGCUGGAGGCGCUGCAGCAGCAACAGCAGCAACAACAAGGCUUCUCAGCCUCCUCAGCGUCCCUUCCGGCCGGGGAGGCGGAAGAUCCCACAAUCCUAUGCUCUCCGAUUCAGUCAGUGCACCGACGCACGGCCAACGACGGGGACAACGUGGACACAUCACCGCCCAGCCUCGUGGACGCGGCACAGCUCUACCGCCGAUACCAUCUCAUCAAAGCGCACCUGGACGACACCCUAGCGGCGCAGUCUGCGUACAUGCAAGAGGUUACGCUUCAGCAGCAGCUCCACGAGCGUGAGGGGGUCAUGUGCGAGUAUAUGUGGACGGCGCGGCUGCUUGUGGAGCAGGAGGCGGCAGAGCGUGCGCACCUCGUCUCACUGUGGACGUAUCUCAUCGCGUCUGCACAGGAUCGGCGGACGGCAUCCAAUGCACAUGCCGCCGCAGCCCCGCCGCAGCAGCCGCCCACACACAGCGAAACCGCAGCUGCUCGUCUGACGGCGCAGAACGAGUCUCUGCUGCGAGAUCUGCACCGCUCGGAAGAGCGCACUUACGCACUGUUAUGUGAGCAGCAGAAGGGCCUACAGGAAGCACAGGAGCGUGCGCUGGCGCAACUGGUUGCCCGCCACGAUGCCGAGAAGCGUGCUCUGGAGGCACGUGUGCACGCGGCGCAGGAGGCAGCGGCCCAAUUGCAGCACCGCCUUACCGAAGUGAAGCAGGAGCUCGCAGCUGCGCAGUCUGCCACCUGCGAGACCCAGCGGUGUGCCGGCUUGACGUAUGACGGCAUGCACCAGCAACUGAAGGACACAACAAGGAAGAUGUGGCAGCUUCAGCUCGCGAACGAUCACCUCGACGCCAAGGCGCGGGUGUUGGAGAGGGAGCUGGAGGAGCUGCGGCUGAGCCAUUCGUUGGUGGGAAACGGCCAAGGAGGCAACGGGACAGCGUCCUCUGCAGCAGAACAGGCAAGGGGGUCGGCGUCACUUUCGGCCGGUGGUGGUCGCAGGGGUAGCAAAGCCCAAUCCGUGAGCCCUGGUGUGUGGUUUGCGUACGAAGAGCGCAGCGGUCUCUUGACAAGGGCGACGCCAGUGAAGCAGCUGUCGCUGGGCUCUUCCCUCUCCUCUGAGCAUCCCCCCGUCGCGACACGCUGGACAAGGGAGCUGCAGCACGGGGAUUCACAUCCGCCCCCGCCCUUCAUUCGCAUGACCCACCCGCAUGGAUCCUCGGUGUUGGUCGUCUCCGCCAACUCGACAACUACGGACACCAACGGGAACGCGUUGCACAUGAUUGAGCAUAGUACCGCGUACGCACCCACGUCGAGCACGCAUCAAUGGAGGCCCCCAUCGGUUCCAGGUAAGGUGAGAGAUGACGACAAGGGCAGCAUCAGCAGCAGUCGACAUCGACUGUUUGAACGCACGCCGUCCCCGGUUCUCCAGCUCUCGCUCGACCGCACCCCUGCACAGCAAUCCUCUGCGGCCGCGGCGCUCUCCUACGGGGGACCGCGCCAAGACCUGGAAGAUGCAGCGGCCUACCCACCAUGCGUCGAGGCAUCGGAGAUGGACAAGGAGCGUGACUCGGUCGCCCACAAUGACCCAUCACGGGCGCAACAGGAUGCAGCAAAGCACUUCUCCAGUGCGUCAGCGCAGAGAAACGAAGCCGAGUCUCUCCGUAGCGCGACCCCUCGCCUCGACGGGGUCCCUGCAACCAGCUCGGGCCAUUUGCAGGCUCAGCCCAACACCGCGUAUGAUGAUGGACACCCGCCGCCGCUGACGGUCCCGCACGACGUGGGCGACUUGACGAGUGAAGAGAGAACAACGGCCAAGUCUGCCGCCGCCGCCGCCGCGGAGGGAGAGGAGGUGGGGCUGCAGCCUUCGUUAGCGUCGGUGUGCUCUUCUCCGAUAGCGUCCGGCUCACGUGCAAGAUUGGAGGCUGUGCGUCGCGAUAUCCUCCGCCACGCCGAGCGGCUGGAACAGGAAGUACAGGUAGUGACCUCCCGUCACGAUUCAGCGCGACGACAGCGGCGGCGCGAGAGAGAGACGCUGCGCGUGAACGCGUCCAUACACAGCGGUAGCAACAGCCCAGCCACCUCCGAGCCGCGUGACGACGAAGGUCGGCGCACGAGUGUGGGCCAUGCCGACGACGCCGACUCUGAGGCGCUCAAUCGCGCCCUCGAGGAACUCCACAUUGAGCAGCAGGAGGACAACGACGAACUCGAGCGCUUCUAUGCUCAUGUAAACCAGAAGCGGAUGGAGUUAGAGCGGUGCCUGGGCUCUGUCGAGGACAGGCUGGCCGCCCUGCUAUGA